AGUCAUGGUGUGUGGGUGCGCCGGCAGUGUGGGAUCGGUGCUGUGUGUGCGGAAUAUGUAGGGUGUUUCUCUGAGUCCUUACAUGUAGCUUAUGAUGUGGAAGAAGCGAACAGAGCAAAAACUGGGCGUAGCCGUGUACAACUGGUCCGGCUGUGUGCGCCAUGGCCUGCCGCUGCGCGUGGGUGACACGGUGCACGUGCUUGAGGAGUGUGCCGGCUGGCUGCGCGGCUACGCGGUGCGCCAGCGCGGCCGGCGCGGCCUCUUCCCGGCUUCCUACAUCCAGAUGAAGCCAUGCCUGGUCGAAUCAGACGGGCCCCAGGAGGUGAUCACGCCCAUCGAAGACAGCGUGGUCACGGAGGUGACCCAGGUGCUCAGGGAGUGGAGCGAGCGAUGGAAGCAGCUGUACAUCGGCCGGGAGGCGCACGAGGUCGCCACGCUCUGGAAGGUGAUGCACGAGCUGCUGGACUGGCGACGCCAGCUGGUGACGGGCACGCUGACCCAGGACCAGACCCGCGAGCUGCGGAUCAAGGUCACCGCCAAGAUCGACUGGGGAAACAGGAGCCUGGGCCUGGACCUGGUGCCGCGCGUGCUCGGCUCCAUGCUCGACCCGGACGCCAUCUCGGUGGUGACCCUGCACCAGGUGCACACCCAGAGUCUGGAGACGUCGCAGGGCAUGUCGAUACGGGGCACGCUGCGGAAGAAGGAAUCCAAACAACCAGCUGCACAUAACCUCUACCUGGCGCUCAGAGACUUCGGUUACGUCAUAAGCGAAGAUGCCGAGCUUUACUUCUCCCUGUACGACGCCAAGAAGGCCAAGUUUGUGAGUGAACGAUUUCUAGUCCAAAUAUCGAGAGACGGCACCUCCAGCUUCUUCAACAAGUCGACCAACAACAGCUCGACGGUGUUCACGGACCUGGGCAACGUGGAGCUGUCGCCGCAGCUGUACCUGGUGCUGCACGUGCUGCGCGUGGGCCGCAUGGUGCCGUCCGAGUCGGCCAAGCGGCCGGCCUCGCAGCGCUUCCGCCGGCCGUUCGGCUGCGCCGUGGUCAACGUCAACGACGUGCUGGCCAACCGGCAGCCGGAGGCGGCCGAGCGCGAGCUGACGGUGCGCCUGCAGCAGACGGAGGAGCGCGACUUCUUCCAGCUGCACGAGCUGGUCAUCCGACAGGCCAGCAAGUGCAGCGUCAUCUCCGGCCAGGGCAACUACGGUGUGCUGCUGUCGCUGCGCCUGCUGCACGGCAGCCUGGCGCAGCUGCGCCGCGACAUGCCGCUCCUGCUCAAGCACGCCGUCGUCACGCGCAAGCUCGGCUUCCCUGACGUCAUCAUGCCGGGCGACGUCAGGAAUGACCUCUACCUGACCUUGGAGCGGGGCGAGUUCGAGCGCGGAGGCAAGUCCACUGGCAAAAACAUCGAGGUGUGCGUCAUGGUGGUGCGGGACGAAGGCCGCGUUCUGGAGGACUGUAUCGUGUCGGCGGGCGGCCAGAGCGGCUGUCGCUACUACAACUCCAUCAUCUUGUACCACAACAACGCGCCGCGCUGGGGCGACACCAUCAAGCUGGCCGUGCCUAUCGACUCGUUCAAUGGCUCGCACCUGCGUCUGGAGUUCAGCCACUGCUCCAGCACCAAGGAGCGGGGCGAGAAGAAGAUGUUCGGGUUCGCUUUCUCCCGACUGAUGGACGAGGAGGGCGCGACCGUGGCCGAUGGGUCGCACGAGCUCUGCGUCUACAAAUGCGAAGACAGACACAAGCUGCUGAACCCGGCCUCGUACCUCGGCCUGCCCUGGCACUCCGGCAUGGUGCAGGGCGCGGUGGGCGGUAACCAGCACUUCGGCCGCACCGGCCGUGAGGCCGUCUGGGUGCACACGCUGCUCUGCUCCACCAAGCUGACGCAGAACAUCGGCCUGCUGUCAUUACUGAAGUGGAAGCAAAACCCGGAUCGCAUUGUGGAGACGCUGACGCGCAUGAUGAAGCGGAGGGAGAAAAGAAUCGUGAAGUUUCUGCAGGACGCUGCUGGACGCUCUGUUCCAUGUUUUCUACCGAGGACGGGCCAACUUAAACGCAGCAAUUCUGUCCUCCGUGUUCCAAUUCCUGGUCGACGGCUUAGCUAA